AAAGCUGUGAAAUUAUUUGUCUUUUCAGAUAAAUGUGAGGCGAAAGGUUCACUAACAGGGAGCAAUGCUGGAAUUACUAGCAUAGAGUUUGACAGUGCUGGCACCUACCUAUUAGCUGCAUCCAAUGAUUUUGCCAGCAGAAUCUGGACUGUAGAUGAUUACCGGCUUCGGCACACCUUAACUGGACAUAGCGGUAAGGUUUUGUCUGCCAAAUUCUUACUGGACAACGCUCGAAUUGUGUCUGGUAGCCAUGACCGGACAUUAAAACUCUGGGACCUGCGCAAUAAAGUCUGUAUUAAGACUGUGUUUGCUGGAUCCAGUUGUAAUGACAUUGUCUGUACAGAGCAAUGUGUGAUGAGUGGUCACUUUGACAAAAAGAUCAGAUUCUGGGAUAUAAGUUCGUCCAUUAAUGCUGUUGCUUGGUCUCCUUCUGGUACCUACGUUGUUAGUGUGGAUAAAGGAAGCAAAGGAGUUUUAUGGUCGGACUUUGGAUCAUCAUUAACCAAGAGCCCACACUAGCAAUAAGUGGCGCCAGUUAUUUGAUGCUUUGCUGCUUUGUCGCGAACUUCCUUGGAAAUAGAUUGUCAAGAUAACAGCAGUGUGUAACGCUGCAAUGUGCAGACCACAGGAUUGUGCACAAGGCUCUGCACAGAGUGCUCCUCACUGGUACACUGCUCUGGAAUGAAGGACUUAUCAGUGCUUUAAUGUUAUGACACAGAGAACAUAUUAUAUGUUAAAAGAUUACUAUAUAAAGAUGGGUGAAAGACAUUUUUAAUGUACACCCAGAGUAUAAUGUAUACUUCUGUUCUUUGUUGAGAGGCCAUUUGUUUUAAAUAGGCAAAUAUACCUUUUUAAUAUCAGUCUUACAAGGGGAGAUCUGAUUUUCUGUUUAGGAGAUAAAUGAUUCCGUUUUAUAUGUCGAUACAUAUAGGGGCUACAAGGCAAUUUAAAGGGUAUAAAGCAAAAAAAAUGGGUUAAUGGUUAGACCUAAAACAAAGGAUUUUGUUCAAUGCCAAAUGUAGGUGUCAAGGGUAUAUUUUCCCAUUUUAAACAUCUCUUCUUAAAAGGCACUUUAAAUGUGUAUUAAAUUGCCACCAUAUUGGUUAAUAGGUAAUGUAUUAUAUGCUUUUAUGUGGAAUUUCAGGUAUAACCAUUUUGGUUUCAGAAAGGCUUGUGCGCACUGCACAUCAUGAA